AUGGCUGCAGCACGAUCCCCUUCCACGCCAUCAUCCAAUGUUCUCAUCUUGGAUGGCGGCCUGGGCACCACCCUCGAAGAUGUGUUCCACAGAAACAUCUCCACCCCCUUGUGGUCGGCCAAGCCCGUCGACGAAGAGCCAGAGGUGAUAAUCGCCGUCCACCUCGCCUUCCUCGACGCCGGCGCGGACAUUGUCCUCACCUCCACGUACCAGUGCGCGUUCAACACCUUCGACCGCGCCGGCUACGCGCGCGCGGACGCCGAGCGCAUCAUGCUCGAGUCCGUCCGCCUCGCGCUCGAAGCCCGGCGGCGCUUCCUCGCACGCGGCUCCGGCAACAACGGCGCGCGCACGCCGCCACGCGUCGCGAUCUCGCUCGGCCCCUACGGCGCGACGCUCUACCCAGCGCAGGAGUUCGACGGCUUCUAUCCGCCGCCCUACGGGCCUGGCGCGAGGGACGGCGCGGACAAGACAAACGCCUUCCCACUGGACACCGACGCCGGGCGCGCGCAGGAGGCGGCGGCGGUCGACGCCCUCGCCGCCUUCCACCUCGAGCGGCUCGUGGUGUUCGCAGGCGACGCGGAGGUGUGGGGCGCAGUCGACUACCUCGCGUUCGAAACCGUCCCACUCGUCCGGGAGGUGCGCGCGAUCCGGCGCGCGGUUGCGCGGCUGUACGAGAUGAAGCCCGGCUUAGCGGCGAAGCCGUGGUGGAUCAGCACCGUGCAUCCGGACGGGCACUCGCCCGAGAAGAGGGCCGACGCCCGGGGCGGGUGGGUAACCGCGACGGAGGUGGCAGAGAGCGUGCUGCUCGGAGACGACGAGGACGAAGCGACUCCAUGGGCGUUCGGUGUCAACUGCACCGCCCUCGAGUCCCUUCCGCAUAUCUUGAAGGACGCGGGAGGCGUUGCAAAGCGGUUUGCGGAGCUGCACGGUCGGCAGCCAUGGCUAGUGAUGCACCCGAAUCGGGGAGACGUCUACAUCCCAGAGACGCAGUCGUGGAAGGGGACAAGCAGAGAAGGUACCCCGUGGGCCAAAGACGUCGGCGACAUCGGCAGGGUAGCACUACAAUCCGGCUGCUGGGAGGGGAUCGUGGUUGGAGGGUGUUGCAAAACAGGUCCGGACGAGAUUGCUGGAUUGAAGCAGCAUCGGUUCAUUCUGUAG